AGCAUAAUUAAUCUCUAACCUUCUCCCUCCUUCAUCUCCUCAUAGCCGAAAACAGAAGCAAGCAACUAACCAAUAAUGAAGAAGGUCACAAUCGUCGCCUGCUCCCACGAAUUCCCCAUCGAAAUCAGCGAUCGAGAGCCCGUCCUCGAGAUCAAGCGCAAGAUGGAGCAGCUCCUCGGCGUCCCGGCUCCGGCACAGACGCUGUCCAUCUUCGGCUGGGAGCUAAUCGACGGGCUCGACAUGGAAGACUACCCAAUCGUCACCAACGGCACCAGAAUCGACCUCACCGUCAAACCAAUGCUGCCUUGUCAUCAUCAUCCUCUCGCCGCCAGCAAGAAGAUCCCUAUCACCGUCAAGCUCCCGUCCCGCCACGUCACCACUGUCGAGGUCGACACGUCGGACACCGUCAAAAGCCUCAAGGAGAAGAUCCACGUGGUCGCGGCCCCUAGUGGUGGUGCUACUCGGAUGUCGCUCUUCUACUCAGGGGUGGAGCUGGAGGACGAUUUCCGGAACCUGAGCGAGUACGGGGUCCAUGAGUUUGCGGAGAUCGUCGUGUUUGUGAAGCCCAUGGGCCGGCCCAAGGGAGGAGGUGGAGGAGUGGGUCGGGAGGCUAGUGGUGGGCCUGGGGAUAGGGCUUUGAGGUUGGUAGUGCAGACGGCGUCGUGUUUGCUGAACGGUGCUUCGAUUCCGGUGGAGCUGGAGGAUUCGAGGACUGUGAGUGAUCUGAGGGAGCUUCUGUUGAGGAGUAAGAGCGGGCUUCCUAGGGAUGACUACAUUUUCAUACAUAGGCAGAGGAUAAUGAGGGAGAAUUGCAGCUUGAGGUGGCAUGGUGUUCAGAAUGGUGAGGUUAUUUAUGUGUUCAAAGGGACAGUUAGCCGUGGCGGGAAUUGAGAAAACAACUAAGAUAUUGAUUAUGAUUAGGUAUACUAGAUUGAAGCUUGAUAUGUUAUCUAUUGGAUUAUGAAUAAUAAAUUCCGUCUUGUGUGACUUAGAAAAUAUAUAUAUAUAUAUAUAUAGCAUUUUUACGGGUUUGUUUCGAAUAUGAUUACAUGAGGUGAUGCUCAUACUCAAAUUCUAAUAGAAUCUUUCGCUAUUUUCCUUCUCGCUAAGACGCUAAGUAACCUAUUUUUAUGACUUGAUACUCUCAACCAAUAAUCAUCUUAUAAUCACACAUUAUAUAUAACUAAUCCUACUUCCAAAUAAGACUUGGAUAAUAAAAGUACUUAGCUUCCUAAUCUACUAAUUAACAAGGCAUAGAUAAUAAAGGGGUAAAUUGCAA